AGUGUUUUUUCGCCCCAGCUAAUGAAAACUAUGAACAACGAAAACGAACUGACUUGCGCAUGAAUGUGCACUGAUUACUAACGGAAUAGGCACUGUGCCAUCCUCCGCAAGGCGUUCAUGCUGGCCCUGAGCUACGCCGCGGUCAGCGGGACGGCCGUUCUGCUGGCCAACCGACCUUGCUUCAUCCUCGAUGCUCUACUGCAGGACCAGUACAACUACGUGAUCAGCCAGUCCAAGUGGGUGGCCGUGAACGCGGCUUUCGGACUGGUCACUCUGGUCUUCGCCUGGCUGUUCGUGUUCUACACUUUCCUCAGAAAGUACGACGAAGACGGGGCCGAGGACCCCACCGCUUCCAAGGAAGUAUGCCGAAGCAAGCUCGAGCAGCUCGGAGAGAUGACGCUGAACGAGAUGACCGUGACUGGUCUCUUCUUUCUGUGUCUGGCACUGUGGGUGACCAGGCAACCGCACAUCGUCUACGGCUGGCAGGACUACCUCGGUCUUCGACUUGUGAGCGAGUCGACUGUGGGCUUCUUCGUGGUCAUCCUGGCGUUCCUGCUGCCCUCGGACUUUCACAACUUCGAGCUGAAGAACCGCAUCCUCAAGUGGAACGACGUCUACCACAAGAUGCCCUGGGGCGUCAUCUUCGUGAUGUCCGGAAACAUCGCCAUCUCGUACGCGCUGGGGGAGUGCGGCGUGUUCAAAGCCCUGAUGGACUGGUCGCGGCAGCUGUCGGCCAACGCGGUCUGGGCUGAGCUCUUCUUCCUCUUCCUAACGGCCACCGCCUCCGAGAUAACCACCGUCAAGGACCGGCUGCCCGAGUUCUUCUACAUCGCGGGCAACGUGAGUCAGCUAACGGACAUGCACCCGUUGAGGCUGAUGCUUCCGGUGUCGGCGGCGUCCGAGUUCAACUACAUGAUGCCGUCGUCGGGAGCGCGGAACGCCAUCAUCUUCGAGAUCUCCUACAUCUCUGCGCUGGAGAUGAUACUGCCGGGUCUGCUGAUGAAAGUGAUCUCGUGCUUCCUCUACCUGGGCAUCCUCAACUCGGUCGGCGACAUCAUGAUGGGCGACGAGGUGCUCGCGGUCGUCAACACCACGGUCGCAGCCACGGUGGGGCCCACCGUCUCAGUCAGCGGAUCCGUCUCCGCCAGGAGCAUGCUCUUCGACAAUAAACUCUGAAAGAGCAGGCAGCAAAAAA